UAGUUGGGUGGGGGUUAGAAUGGUCAUUUGAACACCGCCUUGAUGUUCCCAGUCUCUUGCCACGCAACGACAACAGUCGCUGCCAUUUCCAGACGAAAACUUUCAAAAAAGGUGCCGAAAGAGGUGGAGAGAUGUCUGAAUACAGAGCUGAAGAUGAAUAUGAUUACUUGUUCAAAUUGGUUUUAAUCGGCGAUUCUGGUGUUGGUAAAUCCAAUCUUCUUUCCAGGUUCACUAGAAACGAAUUCAAUUUAGAAACAAAAUCCACGAUUGGGGUCGAAUUUGCUACCAGGAGUCUUAACGUUGAUGGCAAGGUCAUCAAAGCUCAGAUUUGGGACACUGCUGGUCAAGAAAGAUAUCGCGCGAUUACAAGUGCUUACUACCGAGGAGCAGUUGGGGCUCUACUUGUGUACGACGUAACACGCCGCACGACUUUUGAAAACAUCGAGAGGUGGUUAAAGGAGUUACGGGACCACACGGACCCCAACAUUGUUGUGAUGCUGAUUGGAAACAAAUCGGACCUCCGUCACCUCCUUGCAGUGUCAACCGAUGAGGGAAAAACAUUAGCGGAAGCAGAGUCCCUUUGUUUCAUGGAAACCUCCGCAUUGGAAGCAACUAAUGUUGAAAAUGCUUUUAGUGAAGUGAUUACACAAAUUUAUAGGAUUGUGAGCAAGAAAGCGGUUGAAGGUGGUGGGGACACGGGUUCGGUUCCGGCUAAAGGAGCUGCGAUUGAUGUUAGGGAAGAGUCCGUGGGUCCCAAACGGUUCGGGUGUUGCUCGGGUUAGGGUUAGGGUUAGGGUUUCGGGUUUUGAAGGUGUAAGGGCUUGUGGUAUAAUAUGAAUUGGUAUGGUUUUGGAAUGUAAAAUAUAUUAAACUUGUUUUUUGCUUUUUUUCAUUUUCUACAAUAAAGGCUACAAAAAAUGCACCAA